AUGCCUUUCACCGCUUCCGAUAUCUGCAAGAUCAUUCUUGCCAUCAUCCUCCCGCCCGUCGGUGUCUUCCUCGAGCGCGGCUGCGGUGCUGACUUCUUCAUCAACAUCCUGUUGACCAUCCUUGCAUUCACUAAUAUGCACAGGUUACCUGCCCGGUAUCAUCCACGCUCUGUACAUCAUCCUGAAGUAUUAAGCGUCCCGUCGCUGAGGUCGUCCCGAUCUCGAACCACCUACAUCAAUGAGCGCUAUGACGACUUCAAGCAAGCGACAGCGGCAUGA